AUGUCAAUUCAGCAUUUGCCUGAAGAUGUCAUCGCACAAAUCAAAUCAUCAACAACCAUCACCUCGCUGAAUGGAGUCAUCUGUGGCCUGGUUAAGAAUUCCCUAGAUGCCGAAGCCACCAAACUCACCGUAUCUGUAAAUUACGCGCGGGGGAACUGUUCGGUUGAAGACAAUGGCCUAGGCAUAGCCCCUGCUGAGUUCAAGCCUGGUGGCGGGCUAGGCAAGCUGCAUUAUACAUCCAAAUUCCCUGCCCGAGACGGACUUUACGGCAAGUAUGGCACAUACAUAGCUUCGGUGGCCUCGUUGUCUCUGUUGUCUCUCACUUCGCAUCACCAUAAUCAUAAUUCUCAUAAUUCCAUCAGAAUUCACAACUCUGAUGUGUUGGCUCGGCACACCCCUUCACCCCCUGAACAUAGGUUGUUGAGUUUUCCUUGUGGAACCAGGGUGACAGUCCAAGACCUCUUCGGGUCGAUGCCUGUCAGGGUGAAACAGAGAGUAAUCGACGUGGAAAGGGGCACAAACCUCAAGAACUGGGAAUUUCUCAAACGCGCCGUCGUUGCCCUGCUACUAGCUUGGCCAGGUGCUGUAUCGGUGUCCAUUCGCGAAUCCGGCAACCAGUGGAGUGCUUCACUUCGCAGUGCCGCAACCGCUUCCCACAACUUGGGCAGAAAGGACAACGAUAUUACUUCGCGGGUUUCGAGGCUUCUGUACCAAGCUCAAUUUUCCGACGACAGCACUUCGGAGGCAUGGGUGCCCUUGAGGGCAUCAGUCGGAGAAUUGUCAGUUCUAGGUGCCGUGUCAUUAUUCCCAGUUGCAACUAGGCGGUUUCAGUUCAUCAGUAUAGGCGUGCAGCCCGUGCCUAAUGAGCAUGGGUCCAACGUUUUGUACGAAGAGAUCAAUCGCCUCUUUGCCAACUCCAGCUUCGGGUUCGAAGAGGAAAGCAGUGACCUCAACGAGGAUGAACAGAAGAGGCGGGCAAAGGAUCGACGCUAUAAAGCUGAUGGCUUCACUGGUCAAGAGCUCAAGGGCCGUAAGUGCGUGGACCGCUGGCCGAUGUUUUCCAUCAAGAUUAACCUUGAAGAACAAGUCUCAAGGCUGGGUCCUGACGUGGAUCAGGUUCUAGAUGAGCGCCAGGAAAGCUUGAAAUCCAUCGUCGAUUUGUUGAAGGCAGUAGUCUACGAGUUUUUGAAGAAGCACCAUUUCCGUCCGAAGCACUUCAGACCGAACAACAAGUCUCUUAGCAGUCGAGCUGAAUCUCGGGAUUCACAGGACCAGACAUUGUCCAGAAGUACGACACCCAAGAUAGGAAGAGAAAACGUACUGUCGGUUGGAUCCCAGAAGGCCACCGGAAGACAAAGAACGGGAGAUCUAGCCAGUACUCGUCUCAACAUUGCGUCUGAUCGGGAUUCUCGGCCACGGCCCGGGUCCCCAUUCGACCUAUGGACUCGAAUCAUCUCCGGGCAGCCACAGGCUCCAUUAGUAGACAUCAAGGGCUCAAAGGAGCUUGAGGGGAAAAGAUCGAAGGGGGGCUUGGACCCCGGGAUCUCGCCUCCUGUCUCCGAGGCACGCGUCCAGCCUUCUGUUGCGCCCCUAUUCGCUCCUGAUGGCAAGCUUUUGCGAGCACCAUUUGCUGAUGUUGAAGUUGAUAUUAUUGGUACAGUACCAGAGGAGGCUGCAGCCGAGGACAUUCAGCUCCAGGAACGCGAUGAACUGUUGUGGACAAACCCGAACACCCAAGAAACUUCGAUCAUAAACCCAAGGACAGGAUUCGUGAUGCGGCCGUUGGAGAAGACUAUCGGUGAUGUCGGAGUAGCUGACCGUGUCUCUCACUUGUCAUCGAGGAAGAAGUUGCGCACGCAAACCAAACCGACUUCGAAUGAGAACAGAAGCCCGUGGCUAAGUGAGUUGCUUUCUUCCUGGGACAACCCAGUUUUCAAGCCACCAGAGCCCCAGAUACCAACUGCCUUUGACGAGGCAAAAGCCAUGGGCCUGGUGUUGAACGCUUCCCGGGCGCUAUCCCAUACGUGUAAUGACGGGUUCUGCGAUGCUACAGGCACUCUACCUACCGUUCAGGGCCGAGUGUCAAAAGAAGCACUGCACAAGGCCGAAGUCAUUGCACAGGUCGAUCGCAAGUUCAUAUUCGCAAAGGUCACCGGGGUGGCUUCGAACACUACUUCAGAGUCACGAGUGGACCCUUCCGCGUCACUUCUCAUCAUCAUUGAUCAGCACGCUGCAGAUGAGCGAUGUCGCGUUGAAACAUUGAUGAGGGAUUACUUCGCGGCCAGUGCGGUUGCAAUGGCCGCACCCCACUCGCAGUCUGCACCAUCUUCGAUUGUAGUCAGAUCUCAGACGGAGCUUCUGGAGAAGCCUAUUAAGUUCGAUAUCUCGGCUCGAGAUACUCUACAGUUCGAACGACUGAUGGAGCAUUUCGAAUAUUGGGGCAUAUACUAUGAAGUCUUGACGCUUUCUCAGGGCAAGAAGGCCAGUUCACGGCAACUGAAGUGGAAAGCGUUCGACUUCUUCGAGGUCAGCCAGGUCAAGCUCGGCGACGACGAGACGCGAUCCUUCUUCGAGAACAACGAGAUCUCCAGCGUGUGCUCUGGCUCCGAGAGCCUGUUCCUCGGCAGCGACAGUGGAUAUGUUCGCAUCAUCGGCCCGAGCUGGAAGGUUGUCCGCAGCUUCCAUGCGCACGAGACUGGUCGGAUCACCCAUAUGCGCCAGGUCGAGGGGACGAGCUUGUUGGUCACCGUUUCGGAGGACUUGAGCAACGAGCCGGUGCUGAAGGUUUGGGCGCUUGACAAGCCUGUGAAGAAGACGGGAUUACCCACCUGCCUAAGUACAAUCAACAUAAACAACGGACGAAAGCAGUUCCCUAUCUCUGCCUUCACUGCUCUCGACGAUCUAUCACAGCUAGCGGUCGGCUUUGCCAAUGGAGCAGUCACCGUGAUUCGCGGGGAUCUCAUCCACGACCGAGGCACGAAACAACGAAUCGUAUACGAGUCCGAAGAGCCGAUUACCGGAGUCGAAUUCGUAGCUGAUCCGAAGCUCUCGACGCUGUUCGUUGCGACCACCUCGAAGCUCCUGAAGCUUGUAAUAUCAGGGAGAGGUCAGGGACAGCCGCCGAGAACGGUCGAAGAUUCUGGAUGUGCUGCGGGCUGUAUGACUCUCAACAAGAAGACUGGAGAUAUCAUCGUGGUUAGGGAAGAUGCUGUCUACUACUAUACGCUGGACGGCCGAGGGCUUUGCUUUGCUAAUGACGGGGCUACGAAACUCGUCUCGACAUUCCAAGACUACGUCGCUCUUGUGUCGCCACCCGUGGCGCAGAAGACGGGUGCGUCCGAAAACAUAAGGAGGCGGUUUGGAGGUGCAAGCACAGAAUCCAUAUUCAAUGCUGCUACAUUCACCAUGGUGGAUCCGAACCUACAGAUCGUGGUGCAUUCCGAGACCCUCAUCUCCCCGGAAAAGGCCCUCUUUCAAAUAUGGGGUGACCUAUUCAUCUUGACACAAGAUGGAAAGGUCCACCGGUAUCACGAGAAGUCCCUGCAACAGCGGCUCGAGCUACUAUACCAGCGCAACUUGUUUCCGCUCGCUAUAAGCCUCGCCCAGAAAGCCGGCAUGGAUGUGCAACAACAGAAUGUCAUGUACAGGAAGUAUGGUGAUCAUCUUUACCAGAAGGGAGACUACGACAGUGCCAUGUCUCAGUAUAUCAAGGCUAUUGACAACACGGAGCCGUCACAAGUCAUCCGCGAGUUUCUCGAUACCCAAAGGAUGCACAACCUCAUCGAAUACCUCGAAGAAUUACACGAGCACCAUAAAGCCACUUCAGACCACACAACCCUGUUGCUUAACUGCUACGCGAAACUGAAAGACGUCCAGAAGCUAGAAAAGUUCAUCAAGUCUGAAGAUGAUCUCAAGUUUGAUCUGGAUACAGCCAUCACCAUGUGCAGACAAGGAGGUUACUACGACCAAGCAGCAUACCUUGCCACAAAACAUGGGGAGAGUGACUUGGUUGUGGAUAUCCUGAUCGAGGACUCGAUGAGUUACCCUGAAGCACUUGACUUCAUGUGGCAUUUGGAAGCUGAGACGGCUUAUCCUUGCUUGAUGAAGUAUGCGAGGGUACUACUCGAGCAUUGUCCCAGCGACACGACGAAACUCUUCAUCGACUACUACACAGGCGCUUACAAGCCCAAGGUACAUUUGGUUCCGGUAGCGGAAGCUCCGGCACCCUCUGGCAUUGGGUUGGCUGCUGGGGCUGCAAACGCAGUGCAAAACCUGACAAGCUUGCUUCCGUUACCGUACAUGAACACUUCUGCGGUUCCAACACCUCCUGCUCAAGACAACAGCCAACAGACAGUCAGCGACUCCGCCGCUAUAAUAGAGCAUGACACAGACAACCACCCGAAAUACACAGCACCACCCCCUCGAUCUGCAUUCUCAUCUUUUAUUGACUAUCCCGAUGAAUUCAUCACGUUCCUCGAAGCUUGUCUGGAAGACACCUCGCUCAAGAAAUCUGACAAGUCAGACAUAUACACGACACUGUUCGAGAUGUACCUCCACAAAGCCAGCGAAAGAAAAGGCGUCAACAGGGAGGAAUGGGAGGCAAAAGCCAAGAAGCUAAUCGAUGGACGCGACCUGCCUAUCGAGAACUCGAAUGUCCUUUUACUAUCCCACUUAUCAAAUUUUCGCGACGGCACGACUCUUGUGAAAGAGAAGUCGGGCCUAUUAUUCGACAUUUUUCGUUCUCACACCUCGGCCAAGGAUACACGGGGUGCUAUCAAGGCUUUGCGGAAAUACGGACCUGAGGAGCCACAACUAUAUCCUGCAGCACUAGCGUAUUUUACAUCAGACUCGCGCAUUCUUGACGAAGCCGGACCGGAAGAACUCGCCAACGUGUUGCACAAGAUCGACGCCGACGGGCUCAUGGCGCCACUGCAGGUUAUACAGACGUUGGGCUCCAACGCCGUGGCGACCAUGGGCAUGAUCAAGCCGUACCUGCACGAAACAAUCACGCGCGAGCGGAAGGAGAUCGCAACGAACAAGCGGCAGAUCAACUCGUUCCGCAAGGAGACGGAGCAGAAGCGCAGCGAGAUCGCCGAGCUCGGCUCCAAACCGGCCGUGAUAUCGGCGCAGCGGUGUCCGGGCUGCGGCGGCGCCAUCGAGCUGCCCGCCGUGCACUUCCUGUGCAAGCACAGCUUCCACCAGCGCUGCCUCAAGCCGAGCGGCGAUGGCGACGGCGAGACCGAGUGUCCCGUGUGCGCUAUGAACAACGCGGCGGUGCGCGCGAUGAAGCGCAGUCAGGACGAGAGGGCGGACCGGCACGACCUGUUCAAGGACGCGCUGGAGAGGGGCGAUGACCGGUUCAAGACUGUUGCGCAGUGGUUUGGCCAGGGCGUCAUGGGGGUGGAUGCUUUGGAAUAG